GUUUAAAUUUGUAUUCAGUAUUUACUUCCUUAAAGAAGUAGAACUUUAUGUGAGGUUGCUUAUUUAGUUUGUGCGAAGAUGCAGGCAUGUGGUUGUAAUAUGGAGCUGUUCAUAUGUCUGGGAAUUAUUGUUCUUUGCCCUCAAGUUCUCAGCAUAACGUUGUCGGGAAACGGGACAUCUGGAGGUUUCACAGUCCAGGAAAACUCAUCCCUGAAGCUGACAUGCUCUUCGUCUACCGAUUUGAGCUAUGCUACCUUUGCUGUAAGAGAAUUGAAAUUGCUUAAAAUAAUAACCGCAGUAGGAUACGGCCCAUCAGGCUGUGUCAUGGACCCCCAGCUCUCUUACCUCAGCUGCUCAUGUGUUAGUAAGCGAGAGUACGUCUGUGUCAUCCGGAACGUCACCAGAGACAUGAACGGGAACGUUUGGUUUUGUUUCCCACCAGGAGGAGAUACAAACGACAACAGUGGUGAUAAAACAAUCGUCGUAACAAUCGGUAUAACUGCGGUGUCUAUGAUAUCUCCGGCGGGCAGCUCCGUGUCCGUCAUAGACAAUACCGCCCGGCAGUUCCGGUGUGAGACAUCUGCCGGAAACCCCCAGGCCAUCGUGGAGUGGUACAAGGAUAACGGUACACUUGACAGGGCGGAUGACACUCGCAUCACUACCGGGACAGAGACAGACACUAGAGCAAGUCGUACUCUCAUUGUGACUAUCGGUAAACUGACGUUGACUGUGCAGAGAAACGAUCAUGAGGUGGGCGUGUACUGCAGGGCAAACAACGGCGGGGAUUGGGUAUACUCGUCCAGUGUUAACUUAGAUGUUCAGUAUGAACCGUCCACUCCGACAGUAUCAUACAAUGGUUCCGAGGUUACCUCCCCAGUACGGGUAAUUUCCGGGCGUUCCAUGAGGCUCACAUGCAGUAGCACGGGGAAUCCGAGCCCCACUUACACCUGGACAUACCCUGGAGGAGGUUCAUUUACUUGGCCCACGCUCACAAUGGCCAGCGUGCAGUCAACACACGCCGGAACUGUAACGUGUACAGCAAGGAACACGUUGUCACCUACUGAAGGUUCAGCGGUUGAUAGAAGUCAACAAACAACCAUCAACCUUCAGGUUCUGUAUCCUCCAAGUAGUCCAUCAUGCACUAUCAGUGGAACUUCUAUCUCGGGCACUGCUACACUAGUGGAGGGCGCUGACCGCACUUUCACCUGCACCAGUUCCGCCUAUCCGACUCCAAUCACGUACACCUGGUCAACUCCGGGCCGUGGACAAGUUACCGGAGCCAGUUUAACCCUGACAAAUGUCCAGCACACCGCCGACCAAGGCAAGUACACUCUGACAGCCACAAACGCAAUGGACCCUACAGAAGGAAACAUGGAAACGGGAACAAACAACACAACGUUCUAUGUGGAUGUACAGUAUGAACCAUCCACCCCAAACGUAUCCUACAAAGGAUUCGAGGUGAGCUCCCCUUUACGGGUAAAAUCCGGACGUUCCAUGACACUCAACUGCAGGAGCACGGGAAAUCCGAGCCCCGCUUUCACGUGGACGUACUCUGGGAUAGGGUCACAGGAAGGCCCAAAUCUCACAUUGACCAACGUAGAGACUCAACAUUCUGGAAAUGUCACGUGUGCAGCAAGGAACAAAUUGUCACCUACCGGAGAGACGACGGAAGAUAAAAUUCGACUUACCUCCAUCAUCCUUCAAAUUUUGUAUCCUCCAAGUACACCAGCAUGUACAAUAAACGCAACUACUAUCUCCACCACCGCUGUACUAAUAGAGGGAACAGACAACAAUAUAACAUGUACCAGUUCCGCCUAUCCGAAUCUGAUCACGUUCACUUGGUCAACACCAGGCCGUGGACCAGUUUCCGGAGCCAGUUUAUCCCUGACCAAUGUCAAGCAUCCAGCUGACCAAGGCCAGUACAACCUGACAGUCACAAACACCAUGAAUCCCACAAGAGAAAACUCGGAAACGGGAACAAACAACACAGUGUUCUCGGUUGACGUUCAAUUUGAACCUUCCACCCCUAUUGUAUCCUACAAGGGUUCUCCAAUAAGCUCCAACGUGCGUGUAAUAUCCGGACGUUCCAUGACGCUCAACUGCGAUAGCACGGGAAACCCGAGCCCAAGUUAUAAAUGGACGUACCCUGGUGGAGGGCCAGAUAGUAGCCCAACCCUCACACUUAACAACGUGCAGACCACACACAACGGAAAUGCCACAUGUACCGCAUUGAACACGUUGUCACCUACUGGAGGAAGCACAAUGGUUAGGACUCGACAAGCAACCGUUAGUGUCCAAGUUCUGUAUCCUCCAACUGCACCAGUAUGUGCCAUCAAUGCAACUAAUAUCUCCAUCAGCGCCGUACUACUAGAGGGAUCAGACGGCACAAUAACCUGUACCAGUUCUGCCAUUCCACCCGAGAUCACAUAUAUCUGGUCAACUCCAGGCCGUGGAUCAGUGUCUGGAGCCAAUUUAUCCCUUACCAAAGUACAGCACUCCUCUGACCUAGGCAAUUACACCCUUACCGUCACAAACAUAAUGGACCCCACUAAAGGAAACAUGAUAACGGGUACCAAUACUACUGCGUUCUCGGUGGAUGUACAAUUUGGACCUAAAGUGAAUCUUCCGCAGACCUUUGAUAUUUUGGAGGGCACGGACUUAAACUACUCUUGUUUGUUCACUCCUGGGAAUCCUUCCCAGACAUCGUUUGUCUGGACGUCGUCAGAUGAAAUCAGACAAUGGAACAGCCAGAUUGUCAAAAUCAGCUCUGUGAAGAAAUCCGACGACGGCAUGUACACAUGCACCGCUACGAACCAGAUGACGCCUACUGGAUCGCCCGCCAUAACUGGAAAUCAUAGUGGAACCUUUUACCUCAAUGUUCAGUAUAAAUCUGUCGUAAGGGACUUCCACGUUACGGAGCACAUCGGAACUUUCAACGUAACACAAACAGAGCACAGCAAUGCGACGUUUACCUGCACUGUGGAUAGUAAUCCUUCAGCAUCUAUCAAUAUUCAAAAGGACGGUGAAAUAAGGAGAUCCGUCAAUCAUUCAAAAUACCUGGAUUAUACCAUUGUUAAGUUAACAUGCUUGGAUGCAGGGCUCUACACAUGCGAUGGCAGCAAUAAGUUUAAUAACGAAACUCCUUCGAAGAAGGACUUAAGGUUGUUUGUAACAUGCACACCAAGGCGUCCACCUGGCGAGGAUAUAAAGCUGAACUUUACAGCCCGACAACACGAAAAUGCAACACUGCAUUACACGGUGUUUGCGUACCCAGUCCCUAGUCCGUCGCAGUUUGUCUGGAAAAGAUGUUUAAGCAGUACAAAAUGUACAAAUUUAUCAAAUCUCUCCACAAAGACUGAAAUUAUAACAAUAGGAUUAUCGAGUAAUUUGACCAUUUUGAACAUUGAUAAAGAUGAUUACGGCUUGUACAGAAUUUCAAUUGACAACGGUAUUGGUGAGGAACUAGUCGAAGUAAUGUAUCUUCAACCCGCAGGACCACCAGAUUCACCAACGGACUUCUAUGUUAUUGGUGAGUCUAUCGGUGAAACACAAGCAAUACUAACAUGGGCACCUGGACUAAACAACGGUUUUCGUCAAACUUUUAAAAUAUCGUAUGGAAUAUUGAACGGACUCUCAAACAUUAUAAACGUGAAUGUUUCUGAUGACGAAUUGGCGGAAAAAAUGAAUUAUACAAUAAACAAACUGGAACCUGGAAAGCAGUAUUAUGUGGAACUUUUUGCUUCUAAUGCCGAAGGGAAUUCCAUGACAGUCAACGCAACAUUUACAACAUUGGUGUACAUUGUCAAUCCAGUGGGGCCUUCAGCCGCUUUAAUCGGAGGAUCAAUCGGAGGUGGCAUUUGUGUAAUUUUGAUUAUUGGAGGCGUUAUAUUGGGGGUUAUGAAAUUCAGAAAAUUCGAAAAUAAAAAAGAAAGAGAAAUGUUGACAGGCAAACAAGGCAUAGAUACUCUUCAACAUCAGGUCGAUGAGGAUGAUGAUCUUCCGGAUGUUGUUGAAAAUUCAAUGUAUGUUCCUGCUGGAGACAUAUCAAGACAAAUCAACAAUUCAGGCGCAGAUGCCUUGUAUGCACAACCAAAUAAAACAAAAACAUCCGAUUCAGCAGGUUCAGAGUUAUACGCGGAAGUCAAUAAAGUAGCCAAAAGGAAGGCUGCUGCAAAAAAGCACGGGAAGAUGACUUAUGAAAAUAAAGCGUUUGAAGAAUCAACGUAUGAAAACCACGAACUUCCAGAAAAGAAGAAAAAUGUGAAUAAGGAUGGACUCGUCUAUGCAGACUUAGAUUUUCCUAAAGCACGAAAGGGACAAAAACUCUACAUACACGGCCUUGAUGACAUGACAUUGUAUGCAGAAAUUGAUUUAUCACGAAAGGCUGAUCCAUUGCCAGACAGUGACGACGACGCAUCUGGCGAAAAAAAUAAAAAAUAAAAGCAAUUGAUUGGACUAUAGACUUUGUUAACUAGACACGUGUUGUUAAAAUAAGAAUUUGUUGUGUUUGUUCACUUGCAUGUGUAUGCUGUUUUAUUUUAAUGAUUGUAUGUACACGGUUUUAAAAUAAGAUAAUAGGAAUAAGAUAACUGCAUUUAUCACAUUAUAUGUUAUAGUGAAAUGCGUACAAUAUCUAUCUGAAAAGGUCUCAUAUAAGCAGUUCAAUAUUUAAAUGUUGGCAUGCCAAUGUAAGAAAUACUUAUAAAUCUGAUGUUUUCCCGUGAUUAUAAAUUGCGAUUUGAAAUGCCAGGAACAGUAAGUAUGACUGUCCGUGCAUUUUAUUGCAUGAAUAUAAGGGCGGGUCACCAAAUUAAUUCAAGAUUAUUUUUUUUAAUAUCGACAAUAUCUUUUAUUAAAAAAUAAUAUUUAAGUAAGAUGUAAUUGAUUUAUUUCAUAGACUUAAAUGUUAUCUAUAAUCAGAUUUUUUUAACAUAUUUGUAUUUAAUGUUAAUAUAUUUAUGUCAUAUAUCAUCCGUAAGAGUAUCAUAAGUAAAGCAUAGCUAAAAUUCAACGUUUUGGAUUUAUUGAACAGUGUUCCGUACCAUACGGAUUGUUAUACAUCCACAUAACAAAGCUUUGGAGUUUAUGGAAGUGAGCUUUUCGGAAGGUCGGUUGGUCAGUCGGUCGGUCUACUGGCUUUUCCCGGACGUCCAACCAUCCAAGGGUCGAUAGAUUGUACUAAUGUUUGGAGAACAUGUUUAACACCAUACAAUAACGGUCAAAUUCGACUGUGGUUACAAACUACGUUUUUUAUGAUCGAGUAAUGGCUCCUUUUCAAGUUAGAAUUGGCCAAAGUGUCCGGACAAAAACUCAUGAAAAGUUGAUGGAUUAUAAAAAAUAUGGUGAACAUGUUUAACACUAUAAAAAACAGAUCAACUCAGAUGUUGUUUAGCUCUAAUUUUCUAGCGGAAGGGAAAACAUUUACCAACUAUGAUCCGAAUAUAUUAUUUUCUUCACUUG